UGCUUGACACACAGCAGCGCUGAGUGCAGCCUGCCUUGCCAGGGUCGGAACCGAAGCUCAAGACAAGAGCAGGAGAAGCGAAACAUCUGGCCACCCAUCAUGAAAGAACAGCGGGCUUAAAAAGACAAUUCGACAAAGUUUAGAGGGAACAAAUGUUAUGAAGGAAGAAUGGAGUUCCCGGACCAUAGCCGCCAGUUGCUGCAAUGUCUGAGUCAGCAGCGUCACCAAGGUUUCCUCUGUGACUGCACUGUUCUUGUUGGAGAGGCUCGAUUCAAAGCACACAGGGCAGUGCUGGCCUCCUGCAGCAUGUACUUCCAUCUCUUCUACAGGGACGAGCUAGACAAAAGGGACGUUGUGCAUCUCAACAGUGACAUUGUGACAGCUCCAGCUUUCAGUCUGCUCCUUGAAUUUAUGUAUGAGGGAAAGUUGGAGUUCAGCACUCUGCCUGUGGAGGAUGUGCUAGCAGCGGCGAGUUACCUCCACAUGUACGACAUUGUUAAAGUGUGUAAAGGCAAGCUCAAAGAUAAGGAGCUGUUGUGCCUGGAGGAGAAAAUGGGCGAGGGCCUGGGUCUGAGCUGUCUGGACAGAGAGAACUCCUCAGACAGUGAGCUGCACAGUAAGCAGCUCGUGCAGCGACAGAUACAUGCUCUGUCUCAGGGGGCUCUGAGGGCACCCGUAGCACAAGACUUUGACAUGGACAACGGCGAAGUCAAGCUGCCUGUCACUGACUGUGACAGGUCUACACAGGGCAAACAGAAGGCAAAUGGUCACUCUGGCAGGUCCCCGGAUCUUGUAGGUGUCAAUUAUGUGUCAGCAGAGGCCGAGCCCUGCCACCCAACAGCUGGAAAAACAAAAGCUGAUGUCAGUAGUUCCACCGUAUCGUUGUCCCAGAGGUCCCGGGCUUCAAAUGACAUGGACUGUGCACUGGAUUUGUCUCUCAAGCCUCUGUCUAGCAAAGAUCCCUUACACCCCUCCUACGUCUCGGGACAGCUGGCCCUCGACAGCCAGCAGCAGGGCACUGAGCCACUUGUUAAAGACGAACACGACUUGCUGUCAGAGCAGGAGGACAGUGAGCCCAUGAGCCCUGAGAGCCAGCGCUUUGGGAAUAGUGCCAGGAGCUCGGUGGUGACAGGGUUCGCUGCCCUCUUCCCAGGCAACAACGGCUCCACGGCCGUCCUGCUCUCCCAGGAGGAGGACCUGAUGGAUGACGAGGGGGAGGCGUGCAGGGGGAGAGGGGCCCCGGGCUGCGAGCUGGAGGAGAGGAGGGGCCGACUGCUGGGGGACAGUGAGGAGGAAGAGGAGGAUGACCUGGCCUCUUCUGACAUCUCUACUUCCAGUGGGGUGCUUCUGCCCCCCGGCCAACAGGUGUGUGUGUGUCCCCUGUGCAGCAAAGUGUUCCCCAGCCCCCAUGUGCUGCAACUGCACCUCAGCUCUCACUUCCGCGAGAAGGACGGGCCUCGCUCCAAGCUCUCCCCUGACGGCUCUGUCCCCACCUGCAUGCAGUGUAACAAGACCUUCUCCUGCAUGUACACGCUCAAGCGGCAUGAGCGCACCCACUCUGGCGAGAAGCCCUACACCUGCGGCCAGUGUGGGAAGAGCUUCCAGUACUCCCAUAACUUAAGUCGGCACGCGGUGGUACACACGCGCGAGAAGCCCCACGCCUGCAAAUGGUGCGAGCGUCGCUUCACACAGUCCGGAGACUUGUACCGCCACAUCAGGAAGUUUCAUUGUGGCCUUGUUAAAACUCUUGCCAUUGGAUAAAUGCCUCUCUCUAGUGCCAUGACAAAAGCCUCUUCAUACAGUCAAUACUACUGAACAACUACAACAGCAUACUGACAGUUUACUGGAUCAUUUUAAAGAUGUAGCAACCCUAACCUGCUGAACUGUGUCAUGGUGGCACUCGUGGUCAGAGGGCGCAUAGACUGUUAUGAUCAACAUAGGUGCUGUGAAAUGCAGAGCUGGAUUCAUGUUGAACAAAUCAGAUGAUGCACUUGUUUGUCUUGUUGAGCUUAUCUGAAGAGUUUAUUUGUAAAAAGGAAGUCAUCCUUAUUUUAAUAGAUGGAUGUGACAAUAACACUGUAGGUUAAUGCAAUCGUCAGAGUAAGACUUCAUGUUUAUGGGAGAUUUUACCGUCCACAAGUAGCGAUAUAAUUUUUGACUCCUGCAUUAUUUUAUUAAUAAUAUUAUUUUUAUUUAUUUAUUUUUCAAUCUGUUCUGAGAAAAUUCAAACCGCUUGGCAGCAAAACUUAUGAAGUCUGACCACUGGAAAAAAACUGAAGGAUUUUGCUCUUUGAAUUAUGGGAACUUACAAAGUAAGGUGCAUAUUUAGAGAAAUUAUUUCCCCUCCGUUUUAAAGAUUUUUAGUUGCUCUGGCCACACUACAUUUUGCUAAAAUGGUUUUCAACUCAUCAAAAGCUAUUUCAUUAUAAGAAGGAUAAUGUCUUGCUAAUACUGGUGCCUACACAUCCACCUAGAGUACUUACUUCAAUGACUGCUUAUCAAAUUUAAUAUGAACCAGGAGGGGUUAAUCAUCUUCCCUGGAGUGCCAAUUGACCUUGAAGUGUCUUUGAGAAUUUUAAGAAUGUAUGAAAAAGUCAGAAUUGUAUUAAAUUAUUCCAUGUUAAGUGGCCUUGUCCUGGUGUGGCACCAGUUUCAUUUAGAACAAGCCCAAGAGACUAAAACUGUCUCAUGAAAUCAAAGCUAUGCUCCAAGUGCCAUAGAAUAUUUGAAAUCUAAUUGUAUUUCUUUUGAAUUAACCCUUAAGUAAAUUCUAGCUGAAUGUGUUAAGUGGCUACUGAUAAAGUGUGCAUCUUUGCUGAUGCUGCCCUUGAGAUAAUUUUGUGCUACGUGAUUUUCAGAUGCUGUGUGGAUUCUUCCUGGUGUGUAGCGCUAAGUGUUUGAAAUGUGUCUAAUCUUCCUGAGAAGACUUGAUCAGAAUUUAUUUAUUAGUUUGACUUGGUUCAGGGUUUACUCUUAGUCUAGUUCUUAUUUCUUUGAAAGACAUUGCGUCUUGACCGCUAACUUGGUACUCAUUAACUGGUAUUGGGGCUGUCUAUUUUCUCUGUGCAAAUCCAGUUACUGUAUUUUAAUAUGCUGUGUAGAAAACCCUUGAGAGAGUGGGAGCUUUUUCACACAGGACAUAGCGAAGCACUUGUUUUUUUUUAGCAUGCAUAUAGUUUCAACACUAUUGCCUAGGCUGCUAUUUCGUACUAUUUGUAUAUUUAAUGUAAAUAUAUAUUCUUUAUUUAUGGAGCUGUUUGUUUUCCAUGUUACCAUAACAUGUACGGUGUCUUCUUCGGACACUGCAGUUUUCUUAAUGUGUCUUCCCGGCUGAUUUCUAUUUCUAAAAUUUGAACGUAGUCGCCGUCACUACAAAUCAAAAGAAUGAGCACUGUUCUGUCACAGGAAACAGUUGUUCACAAGCACAGCCACACCGAUCGCCACUGGAUACCUAUAGAACUGGGACAAUACGGGCCAUUGUUGCCCCCCCCCCCCCCACAAAGUCCCAGGUAAAUCUCAAGGGAUCAUUGUGUAUCACUUCUGCAGUAGCUGUAGGGGUAAAAAAAAAAAAAAAAAAAGACAGAAAAAAAUGCUCUCCCUCUCUCUUUGCACUUUUCUGUAUUGAAUGGAGCCAUUGGAAUGUGAGAAAUGUAUUUAAGUAAAGGGAGACCAAGGCGACUGUAAACAGGUGUAUUGUUCGAAAGCAUCAAAGAACAACCCCCACCCCUCUUCUAUUAUUCAAGCAUGACGGAGAUAAAGUCGUAUUGUUUCUUUAGAAGUGACAUACAUUACCUUGCACAUUCAUCUAGAUGGAGAGUUUUCAAUCUUUCUUGUUUUGGUAAUUUUCAUGACACUGGUGGUAUGCCUUUUAAGCUCAAAUAAUUUUAGUCAAUCAUUGUUCUAUUUAAAUCACAACAAAUAAGAAUGUAGUUUUUUAUAGUGGUGAAAGUUUUGUGUACAUUUGUAAAGAGGUAGUGAACUAAUGUGUAACUGUUUGAUAAGUGGUCCGUUCUUAUUUAUACCUCUAGGAUGGUCACCACACGUGCCUUGCUGUAGAAACAUAAGCAGGUGUUGCAUCUGGAGAAGCCCUUCUAUUUCCCUUUCAAUGACUGCAACUAAAAGUGAUCCAUGAAGUUAAAACAAUUCUAUCAUAUCAAUAUGUGAAUCCGGACAUAUGUAGAGUUUGAUGUUUUGCUGCUUUUGGAGAGAUUACACAAUGAUUUGACCAUUGUUUUGUUUAGUUUUUUUGUUUAACAAGCAUUUUAAUUGUUUAUAUUUGUUUUCAAGUCUAUACCACUGGGAGCGCUCAGUUCCUCAGCUAAUGUUUUUGUUGAAUGUGAACUUCGAGAUUGUAAUCGGAGGGCCUGGUCCAUGCUGUAUCAAUCUUUACACUUUAUACUGGAAUAAUGUCCUCUGCAGGUUACAACUGUGAAAUUGUGUAUAAUCAUGAAAUAUUUAUUGCGUCAUUGCUUCUUGUGCAACAUUUGACUGAGUAAUUUGGUUGGAGGUGAAAAAAUAAUAACUUUGAAAUGUCCAACAAAAAUCUUUUAAUAGAAUUUGUAGAAGUGCCAUUAGAAUUUAAUAUAAUUUUUUAAAUAAGAAAAGUCUAUUUUAUAGUAAUCAAUUGCUUCAGUGUUAGUGCUGUAGAGAUUUAGAGGACAAUCUUUAUGCAGAUUUGACAUUGCUUAGAGGCAUUUUACUUUUAACUGUAUGUGCUUUUCUUUGGAGUGUGCUUGUGCGUGUGCUGUGGAUAUGUGACAAUCUUGAUUAGUCAUUAAAAUGCAUAGAAUUAAAUGGAACAACC